AUGGCAGGACUCCCUUGGGCGGGUGGGUCCAGGUACGAACUUGCUUUCGCAAUUGCAAAUUAUAUGACCGUAGCAAUUUAUUUAAUGAUUCUUAUCUGCGCAUGUGUUAUCUUAUGCGAUCUUGGUUUAUUCCCGCUUCAUCCUGAUGACCGCUGA